CUUGGUUUCUUAACCCAAACGAAGCCCCGGUUCCUUUCCUGAACUGUGACCAGAGACUUUGUUGGGGAUUCAUUAAUAACCUCGUCCCCAGGCUCAAAUUGCCGAAAUUGCUGGUGGACGUUAUUGGGAUUUAUAAAUGCGCUAAAUGACUGUGCAGAAGUAGACCAGACAGAGCAAAGAUGUCUGUUGUUGGUGCUGUGUUCGUUGCGUUGAGCUUGGCACCCCUGCUAGUGCUUAGUGUUCCUCCCAUUGGGACACAGCCUGAGCAGGUGCACAUUUCCUAUGCAGGGUUCCCUGGCUCUAUGGAGAUCACCUGGACCACAUUCAAUGAGACGGAGGAGAGCACCGUAGAGUACGGCCUGUGGGGCGGACGGCUGUUUGAGCUGACAGCCAAGGGCAAAGCUACUCUGUUUGUGGAUGGAGGAUCAGAGGGGAGGAAGAUGUACAUCCACAGGGUCACUCUCACUGAUCUGAGAACUGCCUCUGCUUAUGUGUACCACUGUGGCAGUGAGGCUGGCUGGAGUGAUGUGUUCUCCUUUACUGCUCUGAAUGAGAGCACUAGCUGGAGUCCCAAGUUUGCCAUCUAUGGGGACAUGGGCAAUGAGAACCCUCAGUCUCUGGCCAGACUGCAAAAGGAGACCCAGGUCGGGAUGUAUGAUGUCAUCCUACACGUUGGGGACUUUGCAUAUGACAUGCAUGAGGACAACAGCAGGAUUGGAGAUGAGUUCAUGCGUCAGAUCCAGUCCAUAGCUGCCUACGUGCCCUAUAUGACCUGUCCUGGGAACCACGAGGCUGAAUACAACUUCUCCAACUACAGGAACCGCUUCAGCAUGCCAGGACAGACUGAGAGUCUAUGGUACAGCUGGAAUGUAGGAUCAGCCCAUAUCAUUUCUCUCUCCACUGAGAUUUACUUCUUUCUUGAUUAUGGUGUGGACCUCAUCUUCAAGCAGUACGAGUGGCUUAAAAAUGACCUUGAGGAGGCCAACAAGCCAGAGAACCGAGCAGAGCGCCCCUGGAUCAUCACUAUGGGACACAGACCCAUGUACUGCUCUAACAACGACAAAGACGACUGCACCCAGUUUGAGAGCUAUGUCCGCCUCGGACGGAAUGACACAAAACCGCCAGCGCCAGGUCUGGAGGAUCUAUUGUAUCUAUACGGAGUGGACCUGGAGCUGUGGGCCCAUGAACACACAUAUGAGAGGUUGUGGCCUGUCUAUGGCUACAAGGUCUUCAAUGGGAGCAUCGAACAGCCUUAUGUAAACCCCAAAGCCCCAGUACAUAUCAUCACAGGCUCUGCUGGCUGCCGUGAGAAUCAUGAUCCGUUCGUCCCUAAUCCGAGGGACUGGAGUGCCUUCCGCAGUACAGAUUAUGGAUACACCCGCAUGCAGGUGCACAACACCACCCACCUGUACCUGGAACAGGUCUCCGAUGACCAGUAUGGUAAGGUGAUCGACAGCAUCUGGGUGGUGAAGGAAAAACACGGCUUCUCAGCCUGGUUCUGAAGACCCCUAGAACCCCAGCCAAUUCAAAUCAACAUCUCUUCUCAGGAAAUGCACUUUGAAACCUAAUCAUGGUAAACUGCACUGUUGACUGCUAUCAAACCAAUCAUAGGAAAAUUAUUAUUUUCCAAAUAAUGGAAAUCUUUGCAAACAGGCCCAUCCGUGGAGGACCAUUAGGGAUUAGACACACGUUUCAGAUUGGGAGGAAAAGCGAAUCUUCAGAUUUCAAACUGUCUGCUCAUAUUUAUGCUGUCUACUGUUGGUUAUUCAAGCAUCAAGAUGAAAUCAGUGAAUUAGCUGAGCACAGUGGGAGAGGCCCAAACCUGAGGUGACAGUUAUUUUAUACAGUAGAUCACAAUCAUAACUCUGUACAUCUUAGUUUCAUUCAAAUGGACACAAUGUGGUUAGUUUCCCCUGAAAAAUGGUUGUAAGAGGCUUACAUUUUAUAACAGUCUACUCAUAUUGCUACCUAGAUUUGUAUGUAUCUGUUAAAUGUUUAACAUAAAAAAUGUAUAUUGUUAGUGAGAAAGGAACAAACAAACUGUUGUUUAAAGCACCAAUAGAAAAAUACUAUGAUUCAAUGUAAAUCGUCUUAUUUUACUGUCUUGUUGUUAAGAAUGGUACUGUAAAACAAGGCAUCAGACUUUUAACUAUAUCAAUAAAUCCUGUCUUUCCAAGUGUA